AUGGCAGGCCGUACCGGGGUGGGUGUACCCAGACGUUCGGUGCGAAAUCAGAAGAAACAGACUACUCUUCAAUUCUCACCCCUGCCAUCUUCAUCUCCGGCAAAGGCAGCCUACAGUCCGGCUGUGCAAGGUAGACUAGCGACAGUCAGGUAUGGUGGUUCAAGACAGUCUUCGCCAAUACCCCGAAAAGACGGCGAGGACCACUCAGCAGAGGCUGCAACCUUGCCUACUCCGGAACCCUCAUCUCAGGUUGAAGACUCCUAUCAAGGUAUGCUCUCAAAUGGUAUACUAUCUGGAACCAAGUCUUACAGUGGCCUUCAAGCUUCUCGCACCCCGUCACAAACCUCCCUACCCUCCUCUCCUCUUAGAGCUCGGUCGCCAAAAGUAUACAAGGAUAUCAGUGACGACGAGGACGACGAUGAUGAUUUGGUGUCAUCGGCGAAGAAGAGGAGAAGACUUACACCUCGCAUAUCCGUUGCUGAAGGACCCGUCUCAACUCGCUGCAAACAGUCCACGCGCUUGCAGUCAAACUCAGCAUCACAUCCCACGUAUUCUACACGUUCAGGCCAGGAGCAAUCCGCAGUCUCUGACUUCGGAUCACCUGAAAGCAGUGGCGAUGAGGAUGUUGUGAUGGCGUCAAAGCCAGCCGCCCGACGCCGCCAGCCAAAAGCAGUUCAGCAUGAUGAUCCUUUUAUUGUGAACGACGAUGAGAUACAAUAUAUCUCUGACGAGGAUACCCAGGAAGCCCCACCCAUGAGGAGUCAAAAGCCUCGUGGAAAUGGUUUCGUUGUUGCUGACGAUGAGGUCGAGUUCAUCUCUUCUGAUGAUGCUACAGAACACAACGUGCAACAAAGGCCCAAAUCCCACAGACUGUCUGCAAGCCACAAGUCGCCUCAUAAGCGACGCAAAAGUCGUAGAGAGCAAGAAGAACUCGACGAAGACCUCAAGGAUCUGCAGGACUCUGAGCAGGAACAUGUUGGAGCGCAGACUCGAACUAGAGGAGGCCCUGUCACGACGCAACGGGAUAAAUUGCGAGAGCACCUUGACCUUCUAAGACGCCGACGUGCUGGAGAAAGGGCUCCGCGCGUGCUCGACUCGGAGGACGAGGAGGAAGAAGAGGAGAAAGAUGAAGAUGAAGCUGUUGAUCUAGACCUCAUUGGUCAUCCAGACCACGAAUUUGCGUCUGAAGGGUCCGCCCAUUCUUCCCUUGAUACAGACCGCGAGUCGCAGGGAGGACAACCCCAAGAGGAUGAGGACGAUUUCAUUGUCGAGGAUGCCACCGGCAGACUCGGUCGGCCGCAUCCUGACAUACCAUUAGCCUUCACGUCCUUCGCGUCCGCUAAGCCUCGCGAACUCUUUCCACAUAUCAUUGAGUGGCUAGUGAAGAACAAGAUUGCCCCGGCUUUCGCACGCGACGAUGAACUCUACAAUCUCGCUUUCAAUCGAAUUGACGACCAAGUGAAGGCUCAAGCAGGGAGUCGACUCAUCUCCUCCGCAUGGGGAGUCGACUUCAAAAAAGCCAUCCUCGCCAGACCCAACAUGAAAGUGGAGGCGCUUCCAGGCGACGACGCGGACAAUAUACGCGAUUGUGAUGCCUGCAACCGCAGCGGCCAUCCAGCCCGGUACGAAUUUGUGCUUUCAGGCCAGCCGUAUUUUAAGAAGACACUGGAGCCCGUGGACAAUUCCGACGAUGACGAAGAGAACUAUGAUGAUGAUGACGCCAGCCGCGAUGAGGAUGGAUAUGUCCUGCCUCCUGAGAAUCGUCGCUUCUACCUUGGCCGCUUUUGCGCCGCCAAUGCCGAAAUGGGCCAUAAGUUGACUCACUGGAAAUACCAUCUCAACGAGACCCUGAUGUCGUACCUUGAGGAACAAGGUGUUCUGUCGGCGGAAGCGAUUAUCACGCGGGACAAGAUGAACAAGAAGAAACGCGAGAAAGAAGCCGAGAAUAUUGUCGACAACAUGGAGCAGACGGGCGUAAUUGGCGGAUUCUGGGCAGACUUUGAGAACGACCUCAAAGACGCCAGAUUGGGUAUGGAAGACUACGACCGGAAGGGAGGACGCUCCAAGGGCCGUGUCGGUGCGAUCAGGGCCAAGGGCAAUGGCUUGAUCAGGGAGUGGGGAGGAGACAAAUAUCACGUCACCAAGGCCGUCGAUUCGGAUUCGGAUUGA